AGAACAAAAGAUGGGGAAUAAGGAUAAGACAGUCAAUCUUUGGCAUCAUAAUUGUACAGGAAACAAAGGAGACCUGCCAAUCAGAAAGCCAUCCAUUUCUCGUUAACCCAAGGCCAAGCUCUAGAACCAAGAAGACAGCUGAAGAUGGUCCAAGAUGGUGGGAGGCACUAAGCUACUGUCUUCCUGUGACAAUUCAGACAUGGCAGAACUUUUUAUGGAAUGUGAAGAAGAAGAGCUAGAGCCUUGGCAGAAGAAAAUUAAAGAAGUUGAGGAUGAUGAUGAUGAUGAACCAAUCUUUGUUGGAGAGAUAGCAAGUUCAAAACCAACAAUUUCAAAUAUUUUGAACAGAGUCAACCCCAGCUCAUAUUCAAGGGGAAUAAAGAAUGGCGCACUCAGUCGAGGUAUUACUGCUGCAUUCAAGCCUACAAGUCAACACUACACGAACCCAACAUCAAAUCCAGUUGCUGCCUCGCCAGUAAAUUUUCAUCCUGAGUCUAGAUCUUCAGAUAGCUCUGUUAUUGUUCAGCCUUUUUCUAAACCUGGCUAUUUAACAAAGUCAUCCCGAGUUGUAUCUAGUAAUUCUUCAGAGUUACUGUUUGACUUGACCCAGGAUACAGAAUUACCACAGUACCAAGGGAUACCAACAAUUUCUGUAGCAGGUAUGAAUGAAAAUUUGUUUUUAUCAAAACGUCCUUCUGCUUCUGAAGUGAACAGUGUAAAUCCAAAAAAGCCCAAGCCCGGCGAAAAUGUUUCUGUAACAGAUUCCUCAGCCGUGUUCCCUGUAGUUAAAUCUCCUUCAUUGAUGUCUCCCCAAGGUAUGCCAUCACAAGGUGAAAAUACUUCAUCAAAUCAAUCUAAAGAUGGAACACCUUUUCCACGAGCUUGUCCAAAAUGCAAUAUUCAUUUCAAUCUUCUGGAUCCUAUGAAAAAUCAUAUGCAGUAUUGUUGUCCAGACAUGAUAAACGACUUUUUGGGACCAGAUAAAACAGAAAACUCAAAUACAGCAAACAAAAAUAUGACUAUUGAUUCAGAGAAAGGAAAAUUGAUCAUGUUAGUUAAUGACUUUUAUUAUGGAAAACAUGAAGGAGAUAUCCAGGAAGAACAGAAGACUCAUACAACCUUUAAAUGCUUCAGUUGCUUGAAAGUUCUCAAAAAUAAUAUUAGGUUUAUGAACCACAUGAAACACCACUUGGAACUUGAGAAGCAGAGUAGUGAGAGCUGGGAAAACCACACCACCUGCCAGCACUGCUACCGGCAGUUUCCCACACCCUUUCAACUGCAGUGCCACAUCGAGAGUACACACACUCCUCAUGACUUUUCUACCAUUUGUAAAAUCUGUGAAUUAUCAUUUGAAACAGAACAUGUUCUUUUACAACACAUGAAGGACAAUCAUAAACCCGGUGAGAUGCCAUAUAUCUGCCAGGUUUGCAAUUACAGAUCAUCAUUAUUUUCUGAUGUAGAAACUCAUUUUCGAACAUCUCAUGAAAACACUAAGAAUUUACUUUGUCCAUUUUGCCUGAAAGUUAUUAAAAUUGCAACACCCUAUAUGCAUCAUUAUAUGAAGCAUCAGAAAAAAGGAAUACACCGUUGUACAAAAUGCAGACUGCAAUUUUUGACAUGCAAGGAGAAAAUAGAUCACAAGACUCAGCAUCAUCGAACAUUUAUAAAACCUAAGCAACUGGAAGGAUUGCCUCCUGGAACAAAAGUUACUAUUCGAGCUUCAGUUGCACCCCUUCAGUCAGGACCUUCAACCACACCUUCCAUAAGUGCGAGUAGUUCCACCCUUCAACUCUCUCCUCCAAGGACUGAAAAUACACCUGCUAAAUCCCCCACAAAACUGAGUACAAGUAAACCUGAUACAACCAAAUCUGAUGCAAGUAAACCUAAUGGAAGUAAAUCCAAAUGCAAAUCAAAAGUCUCUAAUAUACAAAAGAAACAAAGCACAUUGGUUAAUAGCAAUAAAAAAAGUAAAGUCAAUACAUCAUUGAGGAACUUAAGGUGUAGUCGGGGCGUUCACAAGUGCAUUGAAUGUUCUUCUGAAAUAAAAGAUUUUGCAAACCAUUUUCCUACGUAUGUCCACUGUGGUUUUUGCAGAUACAACACUAGCUGUAGCAAAGCCUAUGUAAAUCAUAUGAUGAGAUUCAUUUCUGUAUUGCUAUUAACUUUGUGGAUCUCUAAUAGGAAGAAGAAAGCUUUCAUAGUAAUCGUCCAAGUAAAAGGUUUUGUAUAUUUAAGAAGCAUUCAGAAAAUCUCAGAUAAUAUGGCUACACACUUAAGUCAACACGAAACUCAUACUUGUCAAGUUGUAUUGGAGAAAGUUUCUGUUUGUAUCCCAACUUCUGAACAUCUUUCUGAAUUAAAACGUGGAGCGCCUACUAAGGAACGAGAGCCUAUGUCUAAGGAAAUUGCAAGAUAUACUGUGGCUGAAAGAGAAACAGAAACAGCAAGUUCUGAAAGUAAGCAAGAUGAACAAGAAAAAAAUGAAUGUGAUGCAGAUUUAUCUGAAGGUUUAUCAACAACAAAAAAAGAAGAAAACAUAACAGAUGGAGAAAAUGAUGCCUGUCUUGCAGACCAGGAAAGUAAUUCAAGGAAAGUCUUGAGUCAUGAUUCAGACACUGGUGCAGAUAAAAUGGAAAAGGAGAAACAAAUGCAGCACAAUUUUCAGGAAAAGGAACUGAAGAUGGGCCAAAGUUCAGAAAAUAUAAUUUCAUGUGAUCAGAUUAAAGAUAACUCCAGUGGAGCCAGGUUUUCCUCAAGGAAUGUUAAGAAUUUGCAGUUAACAUCAGGUGAUGUGAGCAUUGAUCAGUUUUUAAGGAAAAGAGAUGAACCUGAAUGUGUCAGUUCCGAUGUUAGUGAGCAAGGCAGUGUUCACUUGGAACCUUUGACACCAUCAGAGGUGCUGGAGUAUGAAGCCACAGAGAUUUUUCAGAAAGGCAGUGGUGAUCCCUCAGCCAAGAGUGAUGACAUUGUGUCUGACCAUGCAGACAACAUUCCCAGAGAAGUUAGUCCUAGCACACCAGACAAUACGGUAGACCUAGCAGAAAGAAGCUGAAAUUAUUUAGUCAUUCUUAAUUUUAGUGUACCCACAUCAAAAAGCAUUUGGCACAGUGCUGCCCAGUGAGCUCAGUAGUGAUGUGGUAAAAUUCAGAAGCACAAAGAUGUGAGGGAGGUCAUUCACACACUUCACCAGUGUGUUCAGUCUGCUACUAAACAAGUCAACUUGCCAAGAAUAGCAUGAUUCAGGUGGAUUUCAAACUUUUCAAAACUAACAAUUUUAAUGAAAGCUAAUUUACCAGAAGGUCUCAUUUAGCACUUUUUGAAGAAAUGGAAUAGAGUUGCCGACAAGAGUUGAUUUUAAGAAUAGUAAUUACACUAAUAUUAGUCAAACUUACCUCAGACCUAAGCAUAAAAUCUUUAUUACCUAUAUAUUUUCAGUUACAGGAAAAGACUUAAAAACUACGCAUCCUUUGAGAAUGAUUGAUUUAAAAUAAUGGCUGAUUGGCAUUGUUAAUGACAGCUUUAUUUUGCAUCUGAUGCUGGUCAGUGAAGCAUGCUUAGAGUGCUAAAUUGACCUAAUGAGAAUUUUGAAUUUAAUAACAUUCCAAUCUGUCAGACGCAUGUAAACAGAAUAUUUGAAUCUGUGUACCUCCAUACAAGUGUUAGCCAGACAGUCUUUGUAAGCUUACCUUUAAUUAAACUUUCAGUGAAAGUGUAACUAUUAAAAUAUAAAUUUAUAUUUGUGCAUUUAGUCAAUGUGUAAGCUAUGCUGAAAAUCCUUAAUGUACUAGUUGUAUAAAAUAGAAAUCCAUGUUGAAACUCCUGUAGCACUAAUACAGUUUUAAUGAUCUCCUUUAGAUAUAGACCCAUAAAAAUGGUCUGGAAACCAAACCAAAGUGUGGUAGAAUGUAGAUAAUAUAAAGCACUUAACUGAAAACAUGUUCUGGCAUGGAUUCAGCUAUGUUUAAGUGACUUCUCUCUAAUUGUAAAAUAGAAACUUCAACUGGGACCUAAAGCAGUAAACAAUUUGUUUUGAGAAUUUAGCCUAAUUUAUCCCUCAGUUGGCUAGUAAGUUGGUAUCUCUUUUUUUUUUUAUCAUCUAGAAGGCAUUAAGUAUAGAAAUGAAUAAUAUGAAGAACAAUAGUUUGCUUUGGAGCUCUAAUAAAGUUUUAUUUAAAAAUGCUACCUUUUUACUUUUCAAAAUGUGCUUUGAAUUCUUAAAUGUUUCAGUGAAUGUUAAAUGUUUUAAAUAGCUAUUAAAAUUCUGCUGUAUAUAGUAGUUUUUGAGUAAAUAUUUGCAAUAAAAAUCUAUCCCUGACUAACUUUAUUUUUCAGAUCACUGCUUGAUUCAGAUUGCCUUUGGUUCUGUUAGAAAUAGUAUACUUCUUCAAAGAAAUUUCUUUUUGUAGUAGGAUUUUGUUUGCUUUCAGUGGUAUAAGUGGUUUAUUUUAAAUUAGCACAUAAAACACAAGGGAUAAUAUUGUGAAUAUAUACAGAGAAUUGUUGCUUUAUAAAUUCUUUUGGUUUAAAACAAAAACAAUUUAAUGUUGUACUUAAUCUACUCAGCAAUUUAAAGAUGGUAACUAGACAAAGCACAAUUGUAUUACUUUCUCAAAUAUUCUUACCUUUACUGUUCCCAAGAAAAUAGAUGGCUACUUGUCAUCUUUCACAUUAUUGAAAAGUAAAUGAACAGCAGGGAAAAUGUGGAAUAAUAUAUACCUUCUUUAGAAGAGCAGGGAGUAGAAAAUGUCUGUCUGUAUGUGGGCCCAUGUAAGUUUUAUUCAGUUUGUUUCCAAGCCUUAUGCUAUAGAACUCUAUAGUACUGUGCCCGAAUAAACUUGUACAUGACACCAAAAUCCCUUUGGGGAUUUUGAGAUUUUCUUCUGCACUCAUAUGCCUUUUGAGUAGUGAUAUUCAAAGAAACUGGUACUUGAACUAUUUGUACCUAUCUACUAUGAGAAAAGGAAAUACCAGACUAAACCUUUCAUUGGGAGUGUCUGGCAAUAAGAAAAAGAGAACGUUGAAAUAAGUGUUAGUCUUGGUAAUAGUUGGUGCACUCUCCCACAAUCUCUUACCUUAUCUCCAGUGUAACAUUUUAGAUACACAAGCCAAAUCUGAGUGGCAGUGAAUAGUAAUUGGCAACUUUAAAGAACCAGAGAGUAAAUAAUUGUGGUCCUUGUGGUUGCAGUUACUAAACUGCAUUGUAACAUAAAAACAGCAAAUCAUGAGCCUGUUUGUGUUCCAGUAAAACUUCUACUUACAAAACAGGAUGUUGGGUGGAAUUGGGUGGUAGACUAAUUUGCCUACACUUAGCUGAAGAAUGUUUACUGUGAAAAACUAGGGAUGCAAUGAGUGAUUGCCUGAGCCCAUCCAAGAUGCCUUAAUGUGCUCAAAUUCCCUGUUACCUAACAAUAGGAUUAUAAUUGGUUAUAAGUUUAGUUUAAUGACAUUAAAAAGCAUAGUAUUUAUUUUGGGGGAUGCACUUCUAAUUUAUAUCCUUUUUUACUUAUACUCUUCUUUUGCACCUCUUAGCAGUUUAGGGAAGAAAUGGGGAGGGUUCUGUUUUC